UUGUAGAUAACAACAUAAACCUUUUGAAAUGGCAUCAAUAAUAGAUACACCAGGCUCAAAAGACAGCAGCACUCUACAAUUUUACUCAGAAGAGAACUGGGGAUUGGAUUUCUAUUUCCAGACAUACAAUAAAAUGUUUGUUUCUGAUAUUUUAUCCAUGAGUGAAUAUCCAAUGUUCCCUGGCGCAUACAUGUACAAAAAUCAUCCAGUAUACAAAGUAGAUGUAGUAGGUGUAAUCGUAAAAGUAGAUCAGAAUUCUAAAUGUUUUAUGUAUGAAGUGGAUGAUGGCACAGGUGUAGUUUCUUGCAGUUGCUGGAAAUUUUCAUACUCGGACAAACACUAUGAAAAUGUUAGAAACGAUAUGUGCAAGCUUCCUGUUGAAUUACAAAGGAAGUUCAAAUCUUUAGAUAAAACUGAAGAAUUCAGUGGCUAUACUUUGGGCUGUGUUAUUCAUGUUCGUGGGAAAAUAAGUAUAUUUCGAGAGAAAAGACAGAUUGUAGCAGCAAAUCAUCAACUUGUAAGUGAUCCAAUGUUAGAAGUCUUUCGGAUGAUGGAAUUGCCUAAAUUGUACCAAAUGAAAUAUGAUAAACCAUUUGAACUACCGUGGAAAGUUGCAAAAAAGUUAAUGAGUAAAGCUGAUGAGAAUGAUUUAAAUACAAAUGAUAUGAAGGAGGUAAAAACCACACUAUAUGGACAUUUACAAUCAUCAGAUAUUGUAGAGGUUACUGCACAUGUGGCAUUAAAAUUAGAAAGUUUGGAGGCAAUAAGGAAUAGACUCAAUUCAGAAAUGCUACACAAAUGUAUUGAGGAAGUUUUGAUUUCUUUAGAAGACGACGGCUUUCUUUGCAGAAGGAUUGAAAACGAUAAAGUGUUUGAAGUAUUGCGUAAAGAUUGUGAUUUAGAGAAAACAAUACUUCAUAUUUUAAAGGAAGAAUGUAGUAAAGAAAAAUACAUAGAUAAGGGAUGUCAUUAUAUGCAUGUGAUUGACAUUUUACAUAGAACAUACCAAUACUCUCAUGUUAAAAAACAAUGUGUUAUGUACUGUUUGGAUAAACUGGAAUUACAGAGUGAUAUUAUAAGGUCAACAAAAUGUCAUUAUUUGCCAAUAAAUUAUUCAUAAAUUGACAAGAAAUCAGAUAUCCAGUUAUUCGUUUAAAUGUACAUAAUCACUGAUUAUGUAGGGUAUACCUUGUACAUCAAUGAGACACAACACCCAAAAGAAACCAAUAAAAC